AUGGCCACCUCAAGCCCUGCCGCCGACAUCAACCUCAUCGCCCGCUUCCUAGCGCACGAGCAGAUCCAAGAUCUCUCCCAAGCCCCGCCAACAGACUGCAUCGUCCUUUGCGGAUCCGCAAUCCUCCACUGCGCAGAGACCGUAUUCUCUGCCUUGGAAAAGAAUCCCAACCUGGCCAGGACACUCGUUAUCUGCGGCGGCAUCGGGCACUCGACCAAACACCUCUACACCACCGUCGCCCAGAGCCCAAGAUACGCCGCCCUUCUGCCAGAGAUCCAGGCUCGGCCCGAAUCACGCGUCCUCGAUACCAUCUUCGAACGCGUCUACGACAGAGCCAGCAUCGCGCGAGCAGGUUGCACCAUCCUCAUCGAGGACCAAUCAACCAACUGCGGAGCCAACGCCAUGGAAACGCGCAAGAUCUUAGAAGCGCACAGUAUCCCCACGCCGGAAUCAUUCAUCAUCGUACAAGAUCCUACGAUGUCGAUACGAACGCUCGCCGCUUUCAGGAAGACUUAUGAGGAUAUAUCUCCUCCUCCGACAUUCACGGCCUGUCCGACCUUUAUGCCCGAGAUGAGGAUGCUUGAAGGUAAGCUUGAGUAUGUAACAGCGAGAGGGGUUGAUCCAAGUGGAUUGUGGGAGUUGGGUCGCUUUUGUGAUUUAGUGGUAGGUGAGAUUCCGAGGCUGAGAGAUGAUCCCCAGGGGUACGGUCCCAAGGGUAGGGGGUUCAUUGAGCAUGUUGAGAUACCUGGUGAGGUGGAGGAAGCUUGGACAAGGCUGGAGAGUGGCAUGGCUGGGGGGAGAGUCAGACUCGCGAGUUGA